CCAUACUGCAGGAAAGGUUUCAGAAGAACAUGAGUUUGAGAAUGAAGGGUAUUGUAGUCUUUUUGCUGGCACUAUGCUGCUGUCUGUCUGGGACACAGGGUCAGGGAGACCACGAGGACCAGAAAACAUGCUGCCCAUCUGACACUUGCUCUCUGAUGAAAGAACUGACAUCUAUAGGAGAGAAACUAGGAGCCAUGGGGGAGAAACUGGGAACUAUGGGGGAUAACCUGAGACUCAUGGAGACCCGGUUACAAACCAGUGAGAAUGAAGUGGAGGAGCUGAAGAGACUAACUGGAGGCCGUCCUCAGGUGGCCUUCUCUGCAACUCUCUGGGACACAGGCGAUGCUGCUGGGAACACUGGACCUUUCACCACUUCCAUUCCCCUGCAGUACAAGAAGGUCUUCUCAAACACCGGCAGCUCCUACAACCCUGCCACAGGUAUCUUCACUGCCAUGGUCAAAGGAAUGUACUACUUCCGUUUCUCAAUGAUGAACAACUUGAAUGCACCUCCUAAUUCUGUGGUGUGCUUGACCAAGAAUGGCCAGAGGCUGGUGUCUGUCUGGGACACUGUAGGAUCUGAUGCCAACGACAGUGGUAGCAAUGCAGUGGUCAUUCCUCUGGAGGUGGGAGAUAAUGUCUAUGUUGAGUUACAGGCUAACAGGCUGGUUUAUGAUGAUGGCAUGAACUACAACACCUUCAGCGGCUUCCUGCUCUUCACGAUGUAAACAUGGAACACAUUUCAACAGCUAAAUGGUUGAAAUUACUUUAUUUUCUUUAGUAGACAUAAAAUAGUAAUCUGUGCUUCAUAGCACACUGUGAGGUUAUAAUGCAGUGCAAUAAUGUAUAAGAGUAUGUUGUCAUCAGGUGGACAUGUAACUGUAUAAAUAAAUACAUCAUAUAUUGAUCCUAGAUGUAACUGAACAUUUUUGUACGGUAAUGCUUCACUGAAGUGAAAAAAUGUAAUAACCUUUACUAUAUGUAAAUUAACUUACAUCUGUCAAUAAACUUUUAACCAUUCAUGAAAAAACAUUCCUUUACUAUUCAGAUACUUACUCUUAGUGUCACGUCCUGACCAGUAAAAGAGGUUGUUUGUUAUUGUAGUUUGGUCAGGGUGUGGCAGGGGGUGUUUGUUUUAUGUGUUUCGGAGGUUUUGGUAUAUGUUCUAUGUUAGUAUAUUUCUAUGUCCGUGUAUAGUUUUUCUAUUUCUAUGUUUAGGGGUUUUGUUUGACCUUCAAUUGGAGGCAGCUGUUUCUUGUUGUCUCUGAUUGGAGGUCCUAUUUAGUAGAGGUUUUUCAGCUUGUGUUUGUGGGUGGUUGUUUUCAGUCUAGUGUUUUGUACCUGACGGAACUGUUAAGCUGUCGUUCGUUUCUUGUUU